ACAGGGGACGGUGCUGCUCCUCCGCUCCGCUUUGGACCCGUGAGAUGUGGAUCUCCUUCUGCUCCGCUUCACCCACAACCUGUCCCGACGAAUAAAUCCCCAAAAAACUGAAAGGAGGCAUGUCCGCUCAAGGAUUGUUAAGCAGCGUGUUCUCGUGCUCUCUGAGCCCCAAAAGUAUCUCCAAGCGCCGGCUGAGGCAGACCCGGAGCCUGGACCCGGUGCUGAUGCGACACCACGGCACAGACGCCGAGGAGUCUCCGUACAAGGGUGACUUCACCUGGAACAGCGUGUCAGGAUGCAGCGUUGGCCUGAAGCCAGUCCACUUGCAAAGCCUCUCAGAGCUGGAAAGGGUUCGCCUCCAGGAUGUGGCCUUUAGGCGAUUGCUCCGGGAUCGCGACCUCGGCUGCCACAUCACCAUCCCUAAAUGCCACAAGCCCAAAAAAUCCCUCAAGAAGAAGUUGGAUUCUUUAUCGAAAGAGAAGAGUAAAGACAAAGAGGCCGUGCCCCAGGCGUUUGGCAUUCCGCUGUCGCAGGUCAUUUCAAACGACCGCACGCACAAGCAGCGGCACGAUCUCCCGCGGGAGGAGCACAGUGACCCCUCCGAACUGAUGUUAUCCUUCCUUCACCUCACCUCCAGCUUCAAAAGGGCCAAUAAAGAGCUCUCCAGCAGCACGUCGUCGCUCAGCUCCGCCUCCGAGACCCCAAACGAGUUUCCUCCCCUGAGCGCGCCGGACGCAGCCCCGCGGACACGCAGGAGGGGUGGAGUGUCUGUGGAUUGCAUCACUGACCUUGAUGAUAACCAGUCUCGGCUCUUGGAGGCCCUCCAGCUGUCUCUGCCAGAAGAGGCAGCUGGCAAAAGGAAGAAGCGCCACGACAAAAAGCUCAGCCUUAACCCUAUUUACAGACAGGUGCCCAGGGCGGUGGAUCUCUGCUGCCAGCACCUGGAAAAACACGGCCUGCAGACGGUUGGAAUAUUCCGGGUAGGGAGUUCCAAGAAGAGAGUACGACAGCUGCGUGAGGAGUUUGACCAGGGGUGGGAGGUGAGCCUGGAUGAGGAGCACAGUGUCCACGAUGUCGCUGCGCUGCUGAAAGAAUUCCUCCGAGACAUGCCCGAUCCGCUGCUGACCAGAGAACUGUACACUGCCUUCAUCAACACAAUGUUGCUGGAUCAUUCGGAACAAGAGAGCGCCAUCCAGCUCCUGAUGUUUCUGCUUCCUCCCUGUAACAGCGACACGCUGCAGCGUCUCCUCUGCUUGCUGUCCACUGUGGCUGCACACGCUGAAGACAGCCUGGACAGCGAGGGACAGGAGGUAACAGGAAACAAGAUGACAUCACUCAAUCUGGCGACCAUCUUCGGACCCAACCUCUUGCACAAGCAGAAAAAGGACAAAGAGUUUGCGGUGCAGAGUUUUGCUCGUGCAGAGGAGAGCACGGCCAUCAUCAGCGUGGUCCAAAGGAUGAUCCAUACGUACCAUUCGCUGUUUAUGGUUCCCGCCGACCUGCAGAAUGAGAUGCUGAUGAGUUUACUGGAAUCAGAUCCGGAUGUUGUCGAUUAUUUGCUCAGGAGGAAGGGGUCGCACUGCUCAGCAGAAGAGUCCUUCUCCCCGACUGAGCGACGCUUGUCCAGUGACUCCAAAGCAUCGAGUGGAGAGGUGUCUCCCUACGACAACAACUCUCCUGUCCUGUCGGAUGGGCCGCUGUGGAAAUACCCAGAGGGCACGAGUCCUCUCUCAGACAGAGUCCCCCGACUGUCUGCUAAUUCAAAAGACAGAUCGGGCAGCACCUCUCCGACACUUUCUAAAGCGGCCUCAACUAUUUCUGGCAGUGACAAUUUCUGGGACACCUGGCACGAGCUGUUAAACAAAGAUUUCAGCGGCCGUCACGUCACUGGCUCCCUCGGAGACGUGUCGGAGUGUGAGUCGUAUGGAUCUUCAGAGGGGCUGAGCAGUCACCAAGGUAACCACAAGUUGCCCGUCGGACCAACCCACAGCUCAUUGGGUGUGCUGGAAUGCAGACCACACCUCCCGGUGACUCGCCGCAGCAGCGGGCCUGACCAGCAAGGACAGAGACGGUCGGGAUCGUCGUUACAUCAAGGGCUGAGCAGCCAAUCAGGAGCCAUUAGCUCAGACGACUUAGCGGCAAGGACAGGAAACCCUUCAUGUCCGUUAUUAAAGGUCAGGGUGGGGAGUUUGUCUCCCCUUCACUACUCCCGACCUCUGAGGGAGACCCAUAUAUCUCACUCCACGCCCUCCCUCUUCACGUGUCCGUCUGACCCGCACACACCCCAACAGUCCCAGCAGAGCUCUGCUUCCCAGACUGGAGAUAUGACAGACGCCUCCAGACAUGGACAACGAAAGUCCAGUACGCCAGACUGGCAGACAGAGAGGUGGCAUAUAUGGCAGAUACUGUCAAAGGAAAACUCCGAGGCCCUGCCGGAAACCUUGGUGUGAUGCACAAGUUGACUCUAAACUACAGUGAAGAUAAUGUUUAGAUCUUUCUUUUUAUAUCAUAAGAUGCUGAAAUGCGUCUAUUUAUGUUUAAUUUCAGCACCAGUUCACGUUUGUAUCUUUUAUAGGCUCAUAGAACUUUGCACCGACUUUUUUUUUUUUUUUAAUUGCUUUAUGUAAUUCGGUUAUGUAUCCAUCCAAAAUAGAAAAACUCGUAUUAGACUCGAAUGUAAUAAUCACACUUGAAUGUUAUUGAUGCCUAAUUUGAAGCCAUGAAUGUUUUUUUAAUGCUGAAUGUAAAUAUACAACUGUACAGUUUGUUUUUGAUAUGUAUUCAAUCUACUUUAAUUUUGAUUUAACUAUAGGAUCCAAUUGUAAUCUUCUUAGUAGCGGAAAUUCUGCAGCCUAUUUACCAUCUGAGGCGUUAUUUAUUUCAUUCAGAAAUCUGAAACUAGAGAUAUAUAUUAAUCUAUACAUUAUAUGAUGUACUCUAUUUAUAUUAUAUUUCUAGAUUUGAAUGAAGUGUGUUAAUUGUCACAUAUAAGCACUCAUUUUCUCUUCAUACACUCCUGGACCUUUUCUGUUUGCGAUGCAGCGAUCACUGUUAAGCAGCAGCACUUACACAGAUUUAUAUUAUCUGUAAAUUGACAAUACUUUGUUAUUUAAUUAUCUUUCUUUUCUCCAGUCGCCGCUUAAUACAUCAACUGUGAUUUGUUCCUCAUUUUUCUCCUUAAACUAAUAUCAGCC